CGUUAGAAAGUUCGUUCUAUAGUGUUGUAUACACCAUACUUUUGUCGUGGUUUUUUCAUUUUCACGACCGAUUUCAAUUUUUGAUUUCGUGUAUUAGUUAUCCGACUACCCACCGCUCGUCGACCAUGUCUUUAAACGUGGCUAAAGCUCCGGGAAACGAUUAUUUUCUCACUAGAGAGCUACUGGUUGCUCUGCUCGUUCUGUUCUUCACUGUCGUUCUAUUUGUUUUAUGGAAAAAGAGUCGUAAGACUAACCGUGAUGUACUGCUAGUUGGGUUGUGCGAUUCUGGUAAGACCGCUCUAUUUUCAAACUUAUUGUACAAUAAACCAAUACAAUCUUUCACGUCCCAAGUGGAAAACAUAGGCGAGUUUAAAACCAAAAAGAACUUGUUACGCCUAGUUGAUAUUCCAGGACAUGAAAGAGUGUUCACAAAAUAUUGGGAUGCAUACAAAAUGAGUUGUAAAGGUGUUAUGUUUGUUGUGGAUUCAGAAACUGUUCAAACUGAUAUAUGUGAUGUGGCCGAGUUAUUGUACAGAAUUUUAACUGAUGUAACAAUUCAAACCAACAAGACUAAAAUUAUAAUACUAUGUAACAAACAAGACAAAGUAUUGGCCAAAGGAUCAGAAGUAAUCAAGACAUUGCUCGAAAAAGAACUGGAUACAUUGAGGUUAACAAAAUCAAAUCAAUUGGAGAGUAUUGAUGGAAAAAAAAAUAAGACUCUGUUGGGGAAAAAGAAAAAGCAUUUUGAAUUUACCCACUGUCAGAUGGCAGUUGAGUUUGCAGAAGUAAUUUCUUCAUCUCAAGACAUAGUUUUAGAACCAAUUAAAGACUGGUUAGAAAGUAUUCAGUAAAUGUAUAUUGUGUUACAAUGUUAUAUUAAUGUUUCCCAUUUUUUAAAUCACUUUGAGCUUUUUUGUUGUAUAUACUGUUUUUUUCUUUAAUCUAUAUGUUAUAUAAAUAUAUUUUUCUUGUUAAAUUAAGAGAUACACAUUUCAACCAUAUUGGUUGAAAGGUAUGAUAAAAAAAGACUUUACUAGUCAAAUAUAAAAUUCUUUCGGAUAUGUUAUUUGCUGUACAUUAUGUACUUAUAACAGGUAUAAUACGGUUUAAUCUAUUUUUUUAUUUUUUACCUAGUGUAUGUAUUUAUUUGUAACUUUUACUGUAUAAAUGGUUUUUUAUGGUAAUUAGAUUGAGUAUUAAGAUUUUAAA